UGAAACCACAAACUUAUUUGUAUGCUUUGUAACAAAUGACUGUUUAUUUUGCUGUUUAUUAAAAAAUGACUGAAGCGCCGCUUGUCCGGUUGCUUCGGGGAAAUCCCAAGAGCUUAAACCUAAGUGGUAAAAAAUUAUUGCAAGUUCCAAAGCCAGUAACGCGUAUGCAAAGCCUUCAAGCACUGGAAGCCAAAAACAACAAACUAACAGGCUUACCAGCUUUCUUAUCAAAUUUAGAAAACCUUGAAGUGUUGAAUCUGGGAAAUAACGAUUUUGAAGACAUUCCUGUUGUGUUACAACAUUUAAAGAAACUACUCAAACUUCAUCUAUUUGGAAAUGCAUUAAAAAAUCUCAACUCUAAUGUAUUAGGUAGCAUGCAGCAGCUGACCUUUUUGAACCUUAAUAACAAUCUAUUAACCGAGUUACCUCCUGAAAUAUCAAGAUUGGAGGCACUACAAGUGUUAAGUGUCUGUAACAACCAACUUCAAAACUUUCCAUCUCAAAUCUGCAACUUACCAAAGCUUCAUGAACUUCGGGCAUCACACAAUGAACUGGAAUCUCUUCCACUUGAAAUUGGUUUCUUACAAAACUUAUCCAAACUGUACAUAUCUCAGAAUAAAAUCAAGGAAUUACCAGAGGGUUUGGGAAAGUUAAGAAAACUUCACUUGUUAGAUAUUGCUGGAAAUGAACUAAGAAUAUUUCCAACAGAGAUGCAUAAUAUACCACUGAAGGAGUUGUAUUGUGAAGCUAAUCCACUCUUGGAAGAAGUUCCAGUUCACUCAGUCCAAGAAGAGGAAAUUCUAUCACUUAAAGAGUUAUGUGCACGCUUAGUGAUGAAAGAAGUGAAAGAUAAGUCAUCCAAUAUAAGGCACAGAAUACGUUACUUCAAAGGAGUGAGGGAGUUACUAUCACAAGCCAGUCGUUGUUCUGUGUGUUCAGAUGCUUUUCUCAACACUUGGCUUGAGUGUGUCAGAUUUGUCAAAGCCGGAAAGGAUCUUAAAAUCAACAAGUGUAACAACCCAGUUAUCCCAGUCCGGGCAUUGCUUUGUUCUUAUAAAUGUUUCAAUUCAGAAGGACACAGCUUUUAUGGUGUUGCUUUUCCAUAACAAACAAAAUAACAGUUUUUGUGUCUUCUUAGUUAACAUCCAUUUGCACUACUCUUCAUUUACUCUGGUAAUUUUUUGUAUUGUGUCUGUUACUGUGAUAGCAUUUUCUCAUUUGCACCUUAGAAGUUACUGAUUCACUACUGUGUUACUUACUUUUGUAUAAUGCAAGUAAAGAAUAUGCCUCU